CACGAGUGAGCUCAGUCAGUGAAUUGACGCCGGUGAGUGAGGGUGCACGUGAGUGAGUUGCCGUACUAGUGAUGUUUAGGUCAUGGGCUGGUAGUGGAAUAUAAAACCAUCAUGGGUCUCAUGCCUCUGGAGUUUAAGGACUGUCUCACGGACAGUCCUUACUUCCGAGAGAAGCUGCACACGCACGAGAAGGAGCUAGACCAGACCAACGCGGCCAUCAAGGCGCUCAUCAAGGAGGUGAAGGAGCUCUACCAGGCCGCAAGAAAUCUGUCCCGCGCUAAGAGGAACCUGAGCAACAACUUGGUUCGUUUUCGGUUUGAGUGUAUCGGCAACAGUCAGACGGACGACGAGAUUGUGAUCGGCGGAUCCCUGCGAGAGUUUGCCAAGAUUAUCGACCUGGUGGAGGAUGAGAGGGAGCGUAUGCUGGAACGUUCCUACGACCAAAUCAUUCGGCCGCUGGAGGCGUUCCGCAAGGUGGCCAUCGGCGGCGCCAAGGAAGGCAGGAAGAAGUUUGAGAAGCAGACGCAAAAGUUUUGUCAAUCCCAGGAACGCUACCUCAACCUGUCCACCAAGAAGGACGACCAGGUGCUGCAGGAGGCUGAUGCAUCCGUGGAAAUGGAACAGCGGCAUUUCGUCCACGCCUCACUCGAUUACGUCUUUCUGCUGCAGGAGGUUCAGGAGAGAAAGAAGUUUGAGUUUGUUGAGACGUUGCUGAGUUACAUGUACAGCUGGCUGACCUUCUACCACCAGGGCCACGAGGUUUUCAACGACUGCAAUCCCUACAUGCGUGACCUCCAAGUUCGAGUGCAGAGGACCCGGGAGAACUUUGAGGCCACGCGGGCAGAGUCAGUACAGCUGAAGAACAAGAUGCUGGAGGUGCGUAAGACGAAGUCAGUGGAUCCUGGCAACAUGGACAAGAUGUACACCAGGCAAGGCUACCUCUUCCUUAUGGAAAAGAAGGCAUUUGGCACCACCUGGACCAAGCACUAUUGCCUCUACCAGAAAGAGAACAGAGUGUUCACCAUGAUCCCAUACAACCAGAUCCAGCACAAGAUUACCUCAACGGAGACCAUUGUGCUUCGCUCCUGUGUGCGACGAAUGUCUGACAGCAUAGAUAAGAGAUUCUGCUUUGACCUGACGGCGCAGGACCGGCCGGGCGUGCAGUACACUCUGCAGGCGCUGUCUGAGGAUGAUCGGAAGCUGUGGAUGGAUGCCAUGGAUGGGAAGGAGCCAAUGUAUGCACACCCCACGGGAGCACCAGGCGCCCAGGAGGAGACGUGUCUGGAUGAAGCCGGCCAGAACUUCACCUCCAGAGCAAUAGCCAUGUUGGAGAGCAGAGGGUUAGAGGACCAGGGUCUGUACCGGUUGGUUGGGGUGUCCAGCAAGGUGACCAAGCUUCUCCAGUUGGGUCUUGACCGUCGGAAAGCAGAUAAGCUAAUGCUGGAUGACACUGCCGAGUGGGAAGUGAAGACCAUCACCUCAGCCAUCAAGCAGUACUUCCGCAACCUGCCAGAGCCACUCAUGACCUACAAGCUGCACAGUGCCUUCAUUGCUGCUGCCAAGCAAGACCAGCUCUUCCGCCGCGUCCACGAGAUCCACAGUCUGGUCCACAAGCUGCCAAAGACAAACUUCUUGGUUCUCAAGAUCCUCAUUCAACAUCUGGUGAAUGUGGCCAGCAAGAGUGAGAAGAACCUGAUGACCGUGAGCAACCUUGGGGUGUGCUUUGGCCCAACCUUGCUGCGGCCUGAGGAGGAGACUGUUGCUGCCAUUAUGGACAUCAAAUUCUGCAAUAUUGUGGUGGAGAUCCUCAUUGAACACUUUGAGAAGAUAUUCAGCACCCAGCCCGAGUCAUCCUCAGAAGGGAGCAGGAAUGCAGAGGGUGCAGCCUCUCAUGCCUCCAGCUCCACCACCACCACCACCACCACCACCACUGUCAGCAGACAAACACAGCAAAAGACUUCCUCACCCCCAUCCUCCACCCGGUCUUCCCAUAACCAUCACACUUCCUUGUCCACAUCUUCUUCCACUAUUACCACCACCAAUGCCACCCAGAGCUCCAAGCAUCCGCCAGUCAUACAGAAGGUUGUGACAUCCUUUACCACCAGUGAACCCCAAACAGUGCAUUUUGGCAUGCCUUCCAACCAGCCUGGCCACAUACAACGCUCAGAUGCCAUGUCCCAACUGAAGACACAGACCACACCUUCUUCCGGAGGAUACAACAACCUGUCUGUCCCUCCCCCUCCCUCAGCCACCCAUCACUGGAACAACAACAACUCUGCAUCUAGUCUUGCCUCAGGGCACAACCUCCAUGCAUCGCUGGUGUCACUUGGUUCAUCUGUGGGCAGCUCCAUAGCCUUGAGUAGCUCAUAUGACACUGUUCCAAGCCGGCCAGCACGACCCCCAGCUCCCUCCAACGGUCAGUCCAGAUCCAUGGGGGGUGGUGCCCUCUCCUUUGUCAACCCUCUGUCUGCAGACCGGAACGAUGGUGUCCAGAGCACAAGCAGCUCCAGUGAGUCCCUGUCAUCCCGGUCAUCCCGGGAGCUGCCCCAGCCACUCCCCAGCUCCCUCUCCUCCUCCCCGCAGACAAGUAAGAGGCUCCACCACAGUGGUGCGCCCCCCAAGCUGGGAGCUAAUGGCCCUCAUCGCGACUACCGUGUGCAGCAGACAAACCAUUAUGCGUAUAACAGCACUUGGUAUGUUUCCCUUCCAGAUGUGAGACUUGGAGCAGCAUACCCACCCACCUACCGCCAGCACAUAGAGACCCUGUACAAGAGGCAGUCUCUGGAGUUCCUCUACUCAUCAAUGAACUCCAUCACAGGGUCACAGUCCACCCUCUUGCCACCCACCAGCUCCUCACCGCCGCCACCUUCCUCUGUAGCCACCUCCAAUGGAACAAUCAAUUUUCAACCCAGACGAGUAAGAACCUUAUAUGCAUGUGUUGGAGAGAACGAGUCUGAACUUUCCUUCGAGCCAAACCAAGUCCUGACCAACGUUCGACCCUCACAGGAGCCGGGGUGGCUAGUGGGCACACUCAAUGGCCGGACAGGCCUCGUACCGGAGAAUUAUGUGGAAGAUAUUGAAGACAAGCCUCCACCGCCACGCCUCUUGUCCCAACGCAACACAGAUGUUUAGCAGGGCCUUCCCUGGAGGCAUGUAUGUGAGUGGUCUUGUAUGAGACACCUGACACUCCUGCACAAACACAAGCCACACAAAGGAGGCUAUAUGGGCAUACCUAUUCCUGUUGGGGUGUGGCAAAUGUUGCCUUCAAGGUGAUGCAAUUAUCUACAUGAGCCUUAAACAGCUCCUAGGAAGAAUGCUGUCACCCUGUCUUUUUUUCCCUGGUGAGAUUUCAAAGAAGCUUCAAUGCCAUAUCAAAUUCUCAGAUGUAUAGAUAUUUUCUCAGUGGUAUUCAUGUACAGAAAAUAUGAAAGUAUAAAUUCCCUGAAGAGCCUUGUGGGAAGUGGAAGUGCUUUAUAUGAAUCAAAAUGAACUGUGGUGUGCCAGGCGGCAGCAGCACCCAGUGUGUGGGUGUGGCUGCUGCAGGUGGAAACUGCACCAGCAUCCCUCCAGGUGGAGGUGCAUGCACAGGACUGUUGAUGAGUGCAGCAGCCCAACAUGUUCUGAACUCGGAGGGAGUCAGGAUGAGAACAGUUUUUUGUAAUAAUUACAAUUAGCAAUAUCCAAAGGUCUUGCAUAAUAAUCUGCACUUGAUAGCUUGGUAUACAAAUCUUUUUGUUUUGGUCUUAAGGAUGAAUAGAGGAAAACAGUAUUAAGAUAUAACAUUGUGCUUAACUCAAGUCUGUUAGAAAAUGGUUGGGGAAGAACACUAAUUGCCACUUGUGUGGAGCUUUAUUACAGUUUCAGUCUCACACAAGCUGUGAUUUUAUGUGAAAAAACACUGAAUAUUGAUAAAAAUCAAGUUCUAUCAGUAGUCCAAAUAAGCCACCCUGCCAACCCAGUUUUUUCAAAGUUCCUGUGCCUACAUUAUUAGAGUAACAGCUGCUUUGUGCUUGUCAAUAUAGAGUGCUUAAAUCUCCCCUCUCAUACUCAGUAGCAAUGCCAGAACACAAACCAGACUUUGCUUCUGGUCCUCCACUAGAGGCAUAUACUAUAUAUAAUUUUUUCCAAUGUUCUGAGUCACAGUUCAUGGUUACUUUGCCCUCUUGUAUUGGUUAUGAAAGGCUGAAAUGUACACUAUUAUAAGACAAGAAAGAAAAGCUUUGUGUAAUAGAAAAUGGAUAAGGAAAAAUAUUUGUCGAGAUAGAAUUUGGAGGGAAAGAUGUCAUAAAGCCAGUGUGGAUAAUAGUGGACUGCAAGUGUUGUCACAUGUGAGAGCAACAUUUCUGUUACUUCGAAAGUUAAUUGACUGAUAACCAGACAUACUUCUGAUCUUCCUUGGCUGCUCGUAGAAGGCGUAGGGUGGUGUGCACCCAUCAGAGAGGAUUAAGGAAGAUCUUGCCUGCCAGGUUAUCAUGUGCAGAUUAUAGUGAAGAUUCCAGUGUAGGCAUUGUCCUACACACUUAUGCAGUAUGUUGAUUUUAGCAUAUAUAUGCUUCAUUUAUUUAUUUUCUUCUAUUAUGAAGGUUUAAACAUAGUACCUUGAGAUUUAAUGAAAUGUAUAUUUUUAAUAUUAUAGCACAGUCGGCUGGCUUAGGUUGAUGCCCGGUGAGUAAGUCAUCGGUGGUGUGACCUUCCAAGGUGCAGUAGUAUUGAGAGGGUAUCCAAGCAGCCUGAUGCAAGGUAGAGCCAGCAGAAGGCCAGGUAACCAGGGGUAGGAGAGGGUGUGCCUGGCCAGCAUGUCUUUAGUUUAACAAAUGUGACCGUGAUGACCUAGUCUGAACCAAAUCUGGACAAUGUACAUUUAGCCUCUCCAUGUAAGUAAAAAAAAAACAUUGUACAUUUGAUUAUUUGUAUAUAUUGGUGAAUAAGUUUUGCAUUAUGUUUGUUUUCUAUUAGGUAUAUUUUUUCCAGAGCAGUGUAGUGGAAUCUCAUCCUGCACUGCUUUGCAGAAUUUAUUAUGGUUACUUUAUAAGUCUUGUCUUCAUGUUAUACAGAUUUAUUUUAGUAGCCAGUGUAUAAACAUGUCAGAAUGUCAGGUUAUAUAGAAGCCCGAAGUACAUAGGAGUCCUAUUAGGAAAUGAUGAGCUAGUGAUGUCAAAAAAAUGAACUUACAAAAAUCAAAUUGUUCAUUCCAAAAAAUGCAAAAAAGAAUAAGAUUAUUUUUUUUCUAUUACAUUGUUGAAUUUUGUGUAACAAAGGUUUGAUCAGAUUACAAAUUACCAUCACAUCUCAAAUUAUUUGUAAGUUUCCAAGUGGCAAGUUUUUUCCUCCAUGAAGUAGAGCCAAACCUGUGCAGUAGAGACAAAAGACAAGAGUAUGAAGGGCAGGUGAAGAUCUGUGGUGCAUUACCUGAGCCCCAUUGUACAUCCCUCCUAUGGCCUGUGGAAGCUGUAUGUUCAUGGUCUUCACCAUAAGGUCUUAACAUUGUGGAUGUAUGCAGCUAGUCAUAUCUGUUCUUGAGUCGUAGGAAGGCAAGGGAGGGUGCUGGGUGCUGGGAGGCUGUCAGGGUGUUGUGCUAAAUUAAUACAAGUGUGAAAUUACAUACACUAAUGGAGAGAGAGAAAAUAUAGUGAUUUGUUAAUUAAUUAUCAACUUACAAUUAUAAAGAUAUUAUCA